CCUGUUUUAGUUGGUGUUAAAGAGCGUAGCGGGAGGAGGAGUUAGGAGCGUGUGGAGAGGUCGUCAGGUUGGUGGCCAAAAUAAACCAGUGACAAGACGGUGGUGUGGCGGCUGGCGGGUGUGUCCUGGGCGUCCCUCUCCCUGCUGCUUCAACUAUGGCUUCACAGGAUGUUCUCUGUCUGUCUCUAGAUGAUAUCAUCAAAAUGAAAAACAGGGGUCGUGGUGGGAGAGGUGCAAGAAGAGGAAGGGGUCGUGGUAGAGGAGCAACAGCUGGAAGAGAUGCAGGAUUCUUGAGGGGCGACAAUGUGGAUGGCAGUGGAAUCAGAGGGCGAGGAAGGGGUGCUCGUGUUCUAUCCACAAAAAUUGGUGCCAUGGGCUCGCUGCGGGAUCAAAGUAGAGGGCGAAGAGGUGGAUUAGUUUCCCGUGCAAGAGGAGCCUUGGUGGCACGUACAGGAAGAAUUAACACAAGAGGAGGAAGAGGCAUUAAUGCAAGAGGAGGAAGAGGCAUUAAUUCAAGAGGAGGAAGAGGCAUUAAUGCAAGAGGAGGAAGAGGCACUAAUGCUAGAGGAGGAAGAGGCACUAAUGCAAGAGGAGGAAGAGGCAUUAAUGGUAGAGGAGGAAGAGGCACUAAUGCAAGAGGAGGAAGAGGCACUAAUGCAAGAGGAGGAAGAGGCAUUAAUGCUAGAGGAGGAAGAGGCAUUAAUACUAGAGGAGGAAGAGGCAUUAAUGCCAGAGGAAGAGGAGAAAGUAUUAUUAACAGAUUAGGACAAGGAAGAAUAGCAAACCCUAAAGAAGAAUCAAGUAGUUUUGAGUACGAACAUCAGGAAACCUAUCAACAAAUGAUCGAUAAGAAUCGAGCAUUCAGCCAACAAAUUGCCAGAAGAAAAAUUCAGCAAGCACGCAGGACAUUAGCAAUGUCACAGCAGAACAACAGGAAUCAGGCAAGACAUAAUAUUGUUGAUGCAAGAAGAGGAAUUGCAGAAGGAAUGAAGCAGACCAAAGGGAACUUGGGAACACCACUGAGAGUGCGUGUUGGCAGUGGAACCAUUGUAAGGGGACUUCGCUCAGACCAGCUUUUGCUUCACAAGAUGAAACACUCCUACAAUACUCCUGAUGCAAGAUUGGACAGUAUAGACACAUUCAAAGAAAAAAGUGUUGGUAAUGACUCUCCAAGGGGAGCAAGUUCAGUAGUGUCUCACUCAUCUCAAUGGGGAUUGACAGUCAGUAUAAAAAACAAUAUUGCUUCACUACACUCACAGAACAAUGGCACUGUUUCCCGAAGUAGACCACGUCUUAACAGAAACAGAAUGAAUCAAUUCCAAUCCAGAAACUAUGCUCCAGGGACUUUUACAGUUGUAAAUGAUCAUGUCUACCAUCCUCCAGAGCCACCAUUUAAUUUAUCUCGAGAGCCUCCCAGAAAAUUAACUAAGCGCAAUAUUAUUUCAAAGCGGGAUCCAAGAGCUAGAAUGGCAGUGUCCAUGGUGAAUAUACCUCCAGAAAAUGUGAGGACCAUUCCUGAACCCCAUCGGCAAAUAUUAGAUCCCAAAGUUCAAAAAGAAAUAGCAAUGCUGCAAGGCAAAGAUGAAAUAUCUUUGAACAAUGGUCCAGGUCCAGGAGUGAAGGGGUUCAGACAUAUACCCAGCCAAACCACACGCUCCCUUAAUGAACGCUUUACUGAAGAAAGAAUAGUAACAGCCUAACCUUGUUUUGAAUGUCUUGGUGUAAAAAGCAUUAUAUUUAAGAUUAAAGACGAAAAUGGUACUUAAUUACAAAAUGGUUAUAUUAUUUUCUUACACCUUUAGGAUAUUUUUAAUUCAAUAAUUUUUUGCAGUUUAAUGGUCUACACAUCUAGGUGUAAUGUAUUUAUUUUGUUAUUCAGUAUAAAUACUAUAUAGUGUAUUCUUAUUUUAAUAUAUAAACAUUUUGGGAAAUACUUAGUCAUGACAAUUUGCAGAUUGCAAGGGGUCUUGUUCUUCACUUUAAUUACAGAAUGCCUCUGUUUUAAGCAUUGGCAAAAUACAAUGACAUUUAAUGUCAUCAAUUUUGUAUGUACUGUAGUUUUAAGAAAUUGAAAUACUGUACAAUCUUUUCAUACUGUAGAUAUAUGUGAAUAAAUGCAGACAGUUUAAUUUA